AUGGUUGAUGUCGUGAUUGUUGAUAUCGGUUCCUACGGAAAGGAAGGAGACAGUAGUAUUUUGCUUAAAUCUGACAUAGGGCAGCGAAUUUCAAACGGAUCAUUUGGAUUUCCAGAAGAAAGCUUUCUCCCCGGUUCUAAUAUUGUAGUUCCACACGUAAUUGUAGGUGACGAAGCGUUUCGUUUACACACACAUAUAAUGAAGCCAUAUUCUAAAAAAUCAAGUAGAGAAGAUGUAUCAAAAAAAAACAUUUAA